UAAUAUGUAAAACUAUCCUAAAUUAAACUUUUCCGUUAUAAAUACAUCUUCCCAAAACUAAUAUUACGACCAAUCUUUUUAUUCGAUAUUGAAUAGACAACUACACGAAAAUCACAACAAAUGGCAACCAUGGCAUUUACUAGCUCUCUCACGAGCCUCCAAUCCACCAACAAAUUAGCAAUCGUCCUUCCCAAGCCUUGCAGCGUUACAAUUCCCAUUUCUCUUGUAUCAAAACCUUCUAAGGCAAGAAGAAGUUUUGGGGUGACGGCUUGCGAGAAAGGCGGCGACGUUGCAAAGAAAUUUGUCGACGCGGCCGAGAAAGGUGCCGAAGAUUUCAAGAAAGAGGUUUUUGCUGCUGCAGAUAAUGUGAGCGGUGUUGUCGGAGAAUUGUCAGACACGGCCCAAGACACGGCGAAGAAAUUUCAGGAAGCUGGGAAAGAUGCCGCCGGAGAAGUGGAGAAGACGAAUGAGGGCGCGUGGGGCUCCGUCGAAGAAACCGCCGAGAAGGUGAAGGCCAAGGUGGUUGGCGAUGCCGAGGCCUUAGACGAGUCUGCUAAAGCCGCCGUCAAAGAUGCGGCGGCCAAAGUCGACAAAGUCGUAGACUCAAAUUGAAAUCGAACAGUAUGACGAUUAACUUGUUGUUUAAGUAGAUUGUAUUUAAUCUCAUAUGAAUUCGUAUGAAUAUACAUUUUGGUUAAAGUAAUUGUUUAA